AUGUUAGAAGCGGCUUAAAAAAAUUCAAUAUGGCAGCUCCCAUGAAUGUUUGAGAGACGUGUCAACACUGGCCUACUUAUUCUGAGAUUUCAAACAACUGUUUGCGUGACAGUGAAAUAAGAUGAAGUCAACUUUGAAAACACCACGUUCUGUAAUAGUCAGUACAGUUAUAGCUUGUGUUUUGGGGAUUUUAUUAUCAAUAUACGCGUAUCAUGUAGAGACAAAUAUUCACAGUGACCCAAGUUUUCGUGCGUUGUGUGACAUUUCAGAACACAUGAGCUGUUCAAAGGUGUUUUCUUCACGGUAUGGCACAGGGUUUGGAUUGUUGGAGCAUAUUGUAGGAAAGAACAGCACAUUGAACCAGCCCAACAGUGUAUAUGGAGUGAUAUUCUACGUCAUCAUGAUUUCACUAGCUACAAGGACAGAAUACAGUUUAGUUUUAAUUCAGUUAAUCACAGCAAUAUCUGGCGGCCUCGGAUGUGUGUACCUGGCCUACAUUCUAAUGUUCGUUCUCAAUGACUUGUGCGUGGUCUGUGUAUCAACGUACUUUGUUAACUUUGUGUUGAUAAUUUGCUCAGUCAUCAAAUACAAUGCCGUUAAAAACAUGGUGGUCGUCAAGAAAGAAAAAAAUGGCAGAAAGAAAGCAAAUUAACGUACCUGAAUUGGCUGUAGAUUGUAGAUUUUUAUACCAAAUAUUAAUAUAAGAUAUUUACAGCGACUUUAAUCUAGUCGUGCAAAUAAUAUAUUAAUCCAGGUACGAAAGAGAUUCAUGAAUGAUAAUUUUCAUAUACAUUGUAUUGUAUUGUACAUGUACUUUAUGAUUUUCAUAUGUAUUUUUUAGAGCAUGACUAUGUAAAUAACUGACAAAUUAACCAAAUUAAACCAUUUCCAUAUCAUUACACAUAUUCUUGUGUUUAUCCAUCUCCCUAUACAUACACUUUUCUCCACAUUAUUGUAAGGAUUCAGUAUGUGUACUAUUUAUUUGUGAGGUGUUGAUUUUUUGAGAGGUGAUGCUUUUUAUUGAGAGGUGAUGCUUUUUGAGAGGUGGUGAAGCAUUUUUGAGUAACUCAGAUAUGAAAGUUUAUAUAUUGUUUUGUAAUUUUGUUGUUUAUGUGUAUAAAAAAUUGAUGAACAAUAUUAAUUAAAUAAGUUUAUCUAUCAAUAUUCUUACAAUGUUAACAUGGCAUCUUGUGUUUUUAUUUUAUUUUCGAGUCAGUUGCAAAUUAUAAAAACAAUUAUGACAUUUCAUUUCAUUCCAGAUUUCAAGUUUAAUUAAUAUUUUAAUAUGAGUAAUAUCUUUUGUUGAAGAGGUUCAAAUAUUGUGCUUAUUGAUACAUGUAAUUAUAUGGAUUUUAUCAGAAUAAAAAAUCUCUGUAUCUGGUGUAUUAAUACAAAUUAUAAACUGGAAGUAACUGGAUUUUUUAAAACUCAUUUUGCUUGUUUUUUACCCAAUCAACAGUUUCUUAUUUUUAGCUCACCUGAGCACAGAUACCUUGGAUAUGACCUUUUGUGAUUGCAUAAUCUCUUUUUGUAUGUCACGGGUCUCUAAAAACAUUUUUAUAAAUCAAAUGGCUGUAAGUCAAAAGAAGUCCUGCCCUUCAGAACUUUUAUAUAUCCACCUUUUACCUUUGAAGGUGAGACAUAAAGAUCUCUUAGGCCUCUUGCUUAUGUCUCAUUAAUGAAUGAGUUUUUGUUUUUUUUAGCUACCACAUGAUUUGUAAUCAGCAUGACACUGAAAGCUGGUUAGUGCAAUUGUUUAUGAUUAAGUAAAUUUAUUUUAUAAUGACGGAUUCCUUUUUUAUAUACAUGUAUUUUUGUAUACAUAUAUUUUUAUAAACACUGCAGGGACAAUUAAUUGAAUUCCUUCUGACAGAUUACUUAUAAAAUUUAUUUCAUGUUUUACAAGCCCUAUGUUUGCCAUUUUAUCAAACAUUUGAUUUUGCUCAAUUUAUGUUAUUUAUUCUUGCUUUGACAAGUCAACUUGAAUAUUCAUCCCAACAAACAGGCUUUCUGAAGAAGUGAAAAAAUAGAUUGAAAUUGUCUUAGAAUGAAAUUCAAGUUGACAAGUAUAAGCUUUUUGCUCUUUAAAGUUUCAAUAUUUUAAUGUAUUUUGACAGUUUAUUUUCAAUAUGAAAUGUUGAUACAAAAUUUUAUCUAUCAAUUAAUAAUGCUUUCACAUACAGUACAUAGAAUUCAACCUGUAUGACUAACAACAUUGUAUUUAAUUUAUGUAUAAAUUACUAUACUGAUUCACACUUUUUAACUGCCAUUUUUGUUCCUAUAAAAAAUUAUCUUAAAAUUUUAGAUUAAAGACUCAACAUGCAUUUGUGGUAGGUUACUUACGUAAAUUACAACAGACUGACGGACGGACAACCAAAUAACAAUAUAUGCGGAAAUUCUUUCGGGCUUAUAAAAAUGUUAGCCAAAAAUAUUUCGACAAAUGAAGAAAAUGAUAAAAAUAAUCAUUACAAAAUAAUCUUGAAAUACCUUUGCAUUCCCAUAACAGCUAACAUGCAGUUAUAUGCUAUAUAGAAAAAAAUGCAUUCACAGUACUGGCCUUGGACUCAGUGAACAACUUUAUUGUAACUCAUGAACUUUUUAUGCAAGAAUAAUUCAGUUUUGUGACAAAGAUGUGCAGAAUUUAUGAAAGAAAAAAACCCUAAAGGAAUACAAAUGUAGAUCAAACAGUUGUUGUUUAAUCUUUGUCAUGCCAACUGCAACUGAUGGUACACAAGUGACAAGUGCAGACCAAGAUUAGCCGACACUUUGUGCAGUCUGAUCAGGGUCUGUUCUGUUUUUGCUCUUCAGUCAGUAGUUAUGUUUUAAAUAUUUCCUAAAAUAAUUGCUAGAUUUACAAGCCAAUUUUAGAUAAUUAGCGAGGUAAAAGUUGAAAUGUGUGUAUCAGUAUACGACAGGUGUCAUUUAUAUGACAAGAUACUCAUUUGCAUAAUACAUGUACUGACUUUUGAUACAAUAGUUUUGUUAAAAUACUUUAAUUUUUAAGUAGUCUAAGACUACUAGUAUUUGACGAAAAAUAAAAAUUGCGCUGUCCAACACUCUGUGUGUCACAGGGUUUUCAGAAAGCCCCUUAUUACAUAUUGUUUCAUGUGCUGUUAUUUUUGUGUUCAAUAUUUGUAACACUAUAGUGCCUUUUUGAAUGUCCUUUCAUGUAGACUUCAAUAAAAGAUAAGCACUG